AUGGCUGACCAGAACCUCCCCGAGAUGUCCGCCUCCGAUGUCAACUUCAUGUGUCAUGUGUUUAUGCACAUGACCGAAAAGCCUGUCAUUGACUGGGACAGCUUCGCUAUUGCCGCUGGCUUCAAGAGCGGAGGUGUCGCUCGGACCCGCUGGGGCCAAAUCAAGCGCAAGUUCACCCCGGCAGACCAGGCCACUGCCACCCCCAAGAAGAAGACCGCGCAGGCUUCUGCCAGCACCCCGACUUCUGCCUCCAAGGUCAAGAAGCCUACCGGACGAGUCGGCGCCAAGGCCGCCAAGGGCAAGAAGAUCGUCAAGGACGAGGAGGAAGAGGACGAGGCCGAUGAUGACAAGGCUGUCAUCGAAACCAAGGAAGAAGUAUUCGACAUCUGA